GGAGAUGCUCUAGGUGUCUGGUUCAGUAAGAGAGCAGCUCUGAAACCGGAUUGUGCUCUUAGUCUGCUUCCUCGCACUCUUCUCGGAGAUGAAGUUUUUGUGUUUAGUGCUGCUAUUAGUGACACUUGUUUCAGCAUUGCAGCAAGCCCCGCUUGAGAAUUUCACGGUGAAAUGCUGCCCGGUCGGACUUUACUUGGAUAGUUCCAAUUCGAAAUGCAUUUAUGAAAAUGGGACUGAAAGUAGCACCCAAAUUUAUAGACCUUCAUGCUCGCAUGGCAUGUACCUGCUCAACCCAAAUGCGAACGAGGAAGAUUUUUUCCACGAAAAUUCUGAUGGUGACUUAGUGCUACAAGAGCUCGAGAAUGAUGACGCAAACGAACCAGUAUCAAACGGAACAUGGUGUGCAGCAAAUAUACAAUCGCAGCGUGGGAGGCUCACAACAGCGCUAGUUUGUUUUGAAGAUGACAAUGAAGAAUACUCAUCAGGAGUUAUGCACGACGUUUAUGGCGUUUGCAUUCUCAUCUCGGUUAUCUUUUUCAUUCUAACCCUGGCUGUUUACGUGCUUCUGCCGGAACUGCGCGACGUGCAAGGCCUUUGUCUGAUGGCCAACAUUUUUAGUCUUAUUUUGGGCUACUUCAUGCUCUCUGUUAUUCAGCUCUUUGGCUCGGUACUCAGUGAUGCAUCAUGUAUAUUCUCAGCAUUCUUUCUAUACUACUGGCUGCUCUCUGCAUUUUUCUGGCUCAGCGUUGUCUCAUUCAACGUUUGGAGAAAUAUAGUCCCAUCUCGCAGUUGCAUGAUGACCGGACGGACCAAAUUUAUUUCCUUCACAUGUUACGCGUGGGGCACUCCUGCAGUAUUUUUGCUUUUGGUCAUCGGCGCCCACUACGUGCCUGAAGACUUUGGUUCGCUCUACAAACCUCGCUUCGGAGUUUCAAGUUGCUGGUUUUACGGUCCCGAAGAAACGUGGCUUUACUUUUACGGACCGAUCUCGAUAAUUAUUUGCGCCAAUAUCUACUUCUUCAUGACAUCGGCAUUUCAUGUUUGGCGUAGUGACGACAGCAACAACGGCACACAAGUCAAGUCCAAAAAGUUCAAAUGGUUGAUGUACUUGAAACUGUUCAUCGUGAUGGGCAUUACUUGGAUAUUUGAAGUUGCCUCUUUUGCUGAAGGAAGCAAAUCAUGGUUUUGGUACAUAACAGACGUCCUCAACUGCCUUCAAGGGAUUAUCUUUUUUCUAAUUUUAAUCUGCCGCCAACGGGUGCUCCGACUGAUCUGCACGCGACCAUGGGGGUACAAGAUGUUUGGCGACCGUUUCCAGGGCACGCCUGAUGAACUCGACUCGGACGAUGACGACGACGACGAAAACGCCGAGGUCGUCGAGCUAGCAAAUCCGUCCAACAAGUAGGAAUUUGGUGCGAGGCCCGUAUGUGGGACGAGGAAAACUCUUUGCCAGUACCCUUAUUGUUUGCAUUUUGAUAUCAUCUAACAGUGUCAUUUACUGAACAUUUGCAAACUAGCUGCGAUGCGUCAAGUGGCAAACUCGGUAAGAGGAAAACAACGCACAUGCUUAGUCAGAAUCGCAAUUUAUUAUUUACUCCCACAGAGUUUUGAUUGUGGCAUUGUCUAACCACUCACCACUCCCACACCAGCCAACGAAUUAACUGAGCCUAAAAUAUUUUUAAUCAUUUUCGUAUUGUAUGGCAGUGCUCAUUGACAAAGCCCAGUGCUUUUUCGCGUUGCGUGACACGCGAAGCCUUCGAAGUUUCCAUGCAAGCAACUCAAUUCGCGAAAUAGAGACCCUGGGAAGAUAGGAACGGUGAUCAUGUGAAUGGGCGCUGCUUUUGCCUUAAUUACAUUUUGAAUAGUCAUACAUUACGCUGUGCCACUUCGCAGGUGCUUGUCUGUUCCUAAAUAUACGUGUGUAUUCCCUGAGCUGCUUUGUGCGUCACGGACGCUGCGCUACGUCAUCGCAUGUAAUUAAUAGAAUACUAAUGGCAAAAUACGCAGUUCUACUUAACUUGAUUAAUGACUGUUUCAGACGGAUCCAUUACUUUCGCAAUAUAUAUGUCUCAUAAUGUAAAACUCUUUAGAAUGCAUAUUUUUAAUUUUGACUCAAGUAUGUUGAAACGCAAGUUGAAUUUGUACUUAUUUUGGCCCUCGAGUUAAUUGAAGCUGUGCCUUAUUGUAGGUUUAUGUAUAUUAGCUGAUAGCAUCUUCAUGAAGUUGUGCUUUUGCCUUUUCUUUUAAUUGCAUGCCCGUCUAAUAAAGAAAUUCAAAGAUCUUAAUCUAA